GAUCAGAUCAGGAUGGAACCCGCGGUGGAGAGUCUGGUUCUGAAGCUGCAGGAGAUCCAGGCGCUGAAGUUCGGAAGCUUCACACUAAAGAGCGGUCUGAACUCUCCGGUUUACUUCGACCUGCGCGUGAUCGUGUCCUACCCGGAUCUGAUGAACCAGGUUUCAGUGCUGCUCCAUCAGCGUGCUGUGGAAGCUGGAGUGAAGUUCCACAGUGUGUGUGGAGUUCCGUACACUGCUCUGCCUCUGGCCACCAUCAUCUGCUCCACCCACAGAUACCCCAUGCUCAUCCGCCGCAAAGAGGCUAAAGAUUACGGUACGAAGCGUCUGAUCGAGGGCACGGUGCUUCCAGGUGAGGUCUGUUUGAUUGUGGAGGACGUGGUGACGAGUGGCGGCAGCGUCAUGGAAACUGCACGGGAGCUCCAAGCUCAGGGGUUAAAGGUCACGGACGCCGUGGUGCUACUGGACCGUGAGCAGGGCGGAACAGAGCGACUGUCCAGUGAGGGGAUCUCUCUCCACUCCGUCAUCUCCAUCUCUCAGCUCCUGGAUGUUCUUCUCCGAGCGGGUCGGAUCGACCAGCAGACAUUCAGCAGCGUGGAGAAGUUCAUCCAGGAGAACCAGACAUUCAGGCCGGAGGAGAAGGAGAAGAAAAAGAACGGGAGUGGAGAGAUGAGUUACAGCGCUCGGGCCGCUCUCUCCUCCACACACCCCAUCGCCAAGCGUCUGUUCACGCUGAUGGAGGAGAAACGCACCAACCUGUGUGUCUCGGCUGACGUCACACACACACACGAGCUGCUGGAGCUGGCAGAGACGCUCGGGCCGAUCAUCUGUGUGAUGAAGACACACGUAGAUGUUCUGCAGGACUUCAGCAUUGACGCCAUCAACAAGCUGAAGGAGCUGAGUGACAAACACAACUUCCUCAUCUUUGAAGACCGGAAGUUCGCCGACAUUGGAAACACAGUCAAACAUCAGUACCAAGGUGGUGUGUAUCGUAUCUCCUCAUGGUCACACAUGGUGAACGCUCACUCUGUACCUGGAGAGGGUGUGGUCGUGGGGCUGAAGGCGGUGGGGCAGAGUCUCGGUCACGGCUGUUUACUGAUCGCUCAGAUGAGCUCACAGGGAGCACUGACUACUGAUCAUUACACACACACCACGGUAAAGAUGGCGGACGAACACCCAGAUUUUGUGUUCGGGUUCAUAAGUAGGUCAAAGGUCAGCACUAAACCCGAACAUGUGCACAUGACCCCAGGAGUACAGUUACAGAGUGGAGGAGACGACCUCGGGCAGCAGUACACCACGCCAGACGAGGUCAUUCGCUCUAAAGUCGAUGUCAUCAUCGUUGGACGAGGAAUUCUGUCAGCUUCGGACCGGAGGACUGAAGCGGAGAAGUACAGGAAGGCGGGAUGGGAGGCGUAUCUCAGCAGGCUUGCUCUGUCCUGAUCAGGAGAAACUCAGACUCAAUCCAUAAUCGCGAUUAUAAUUCUCAUAAUCCCAGUCAUAAUUCUGGUUAUAAUCUCUUUCAUAAUCCCGAUCUGUAAUCCCAAACCAUGAUCUCAAUCCAUAAUCCCAGGUGUAAUUCUGGUUAUUAUCCCGAUCCGUGAUCCCAAUCCAGUAUUCUAAUUUAUAAUCCCACUCACUACUAGAGGACCAGAGGACCAGUGUGUGUUGUGUAGUGUUCGUAUUAAUUUCUAGCAUGCUAACAGCUAAUGUUUGUUGUUUAGCAUUAUGAACUAGCUUGGUUAUUUGAUUACUGCAAUGAUGUGCAGCUUUAGCGUUUAUCUCACUAGCAUAAAAACUAGCGGAUUUAGCUUGCUGAUUACCGCUAAUCUGUUUCCUGGUCUUGCUAGCAUGCUAACGUUGUGGUGCUACCUAGUUUAUGAAGAUCCUUAGCUGAUGAGCUCACUGGAGCUGAUGUGAAGAAGUGAAUGAGGGAGCAGGUGAAACAGUAUUGGAACACAGCCCAGGUGUUGGUUCAAGUCCUAAUGUAUCUGCUGCUUUGGUGUGGAAUGAGAUGUAAUUGACCAGAUUACUGAUUUAUUUUCAUAAAUAAUAAAACUGACCACAAAACGC